UAAAAGAUCACUGCCUCUUAUUUACAAGUCAAGGACAUCUAUUUAAUGUUCAGAUACUCCUGUCCAUUGAGGUGAUAAGGAGGAAACUGUUGUAGAGUUUUGGUUUGUGUCAGAUUUUUAUUUUUUAUUUUUUUUGCCUCUGCAGGAUCACAUGUCUGGUGAUGCUAAAAGCCUGACACCCAAGCAGUGUGCAGUCAUGGACGUGGCCCUUGAUACUAUAAAGCAAUACUUCCAUGCUGGAGGAAAUGGAUUGAAGAAGGCCUUCCUGGACAAGAGUCCUGAACUGUCCUCACUGAGACAUGCACUGUCCCUCUAUACCCAGACCACUGACACACUCAUCAAGACGUUUGUUACUUCUCAGCAUGCUCAAGCGUUUAAUGCUGUGGAGGACUCUAGCGAAGGACUGGACAAGGAAGGACACAGCCGCACUUGGAUGCAAUCUUCUGUUUGAGAAACACUCAAUAUGUCUGUUUUGUCUGUGCCUGGAAGAGAAAACAUGGUCUUCAAUGUCCAAUGCUAACUUGGAUUAAAAGCCACAAAAAUCUAAUUUUGACCUUUGGAGUCACUUUUCUUGAUGAGAUUUGCCCAAAGAUCUCCCACUGUAAUUUACUCUGCAUUUUCCUUUUUGUCAUUGUCAUCACUUCCUAUUUAUGUAAAUUCCAGUUGGUACGUCUUUCUGUUCCAUUUUUCUAAUGCUUGAAUUUAUC